AUGGACAUCGAGUCGCACAGACGCUUCUCCAACGAUAGCGAGGCGAGUUCGACCGCAUCCUCGUCGACGAGGAGGAGGAUCUCGACCGCCUCGGAUACCACCAUCUCGCUGGGCUCGAGGUUUGCGAAGGGCAAGGACCAGACAUCGAGCAGCCUGCCCCCGACCUCCUCCUCGGCGGUGGACAGGCCGUCCGAGCACGAGGGCCACGCCACAGGGCCCGAAGCUUCGACGAGUCGGCGCUCCUCUGUCGAUGCACCGCGGAGUCUGAUGGAUGGCUCGUCGUCAUUCAAUGGGUUCGCCACGUCAAGCUUCGCGAACGCGGUGGCUGAGGUCGCCAUAUCCCCUAGCAGAGUGGACACGCCGCCGCGAUCUCUCGCGUCCUGGCUUCGACGAGGCCCAAAGACUCGUACCAGCUCUGACCUGAAUGGACAGGCGGACCGCUGUGCAUCAGCCCGGCCGAGCUCUGCCACCAAGGGUGCAGGGUCCCAGUUGACAUUCGCAAACGCAUGGUCCUCCAUCGACCGCGCCGCAUCCCCUCAGACCGAAGUGAUCCGCAGCGCCGGAAACUCAGUGGAUGAAGCCUACCUCUCGCCAUCCGGCCGCGAGAGGUGGAGCGGCUACGAGCACGAAUGGCGCCUCUCCUCAUCGAGCGAUGCGUCCCGUCCGAUUGCGGCGAGUCGACGGUCCUCGCUGCUCGAAGGCAACAUGUUCAGCAUCGACGAUCCCGCCCGUCCCAGCUCGCCAGGGUCACUGAGAGCACGCGAUAGCGAGGACGGGACGGGCCCAUACGAAUCAACGGCUGCGACGCCCAAUCAGAGCUUGACGCAGGUGCUCGACUCCUUGGACGUGAUCCUCGCUCCCGAGCUCACAGAUCCACGCGCGAGGGAAUUUCGCCCGACUAGACUGCAAAGGGAGCAAGCCGGCGCCACAGCGGGCCAGCGGACGGGUCCGCACCCCGCCCUCCGCAGUAAUGUCGAACGGGAUCGGACCAUCGGCGAAAAGACGAGGUUCUCACUGCAAGCGGACGGCCCUACGGCAAGGCGGCAUGAGCCCAAGAGCGGUUGUCAGGGCCGAGACAAAACCUCCUCCAGGUCGCUGGAUGCGAUUCGCACGAAGCCCCCGCCCGUCUGGUCUACGAGGGCGCUCGCACGCUCUGGGGCGACGCAGCCAGAGAGGUGGUCGGGUCGGCUGCCCAAUCCGAUUGCGUACCUCACUCUGCCGGAUGAGACUCGUCGCAACCACCGAAUGCUCGAGCACAAGGUAGAUCUGUACCUCUGGUAUCGAGAGCAGGAUCGCCAACGCCAGCUGCAGUCUGGUGCUCCGUGA